CAUUUAAUUUUAGCUUAAUUAACUUACUAAAAACAAACAAUGAGUCAAGCAGACCACACAGAUGUACAAGGUCAGAGUAAAAUGUCAACUAAAGAAAAUUCAGCAACUGCUGUAGAUAAAUCAAUUAAAGAAAGAGUUCAACAAACUAAACCGACAACAACUGGAUGGGGUAGUCUACCGUCAACAUCAGUCUUUAGAGCUGUCAAUUUUGAACUUUUUGUUAAACCAAAUAAACUCGUAAUGGCCUGUGGAGUAUUGGCUUUUUCCAGUUGUGUAGCUUACAUAGCUUAUAUGAACUUGACAGAUGACAAUAAAAAGGGAACAUACGUAACCCUGGAUUCAGAUGGAGGAUUAACUGUUCGACAAAAAACAUCUCGCUGGAAUUAGUUAAUGUUGUUCUAACUAUUCUGUUACUCAAUUUAAAUUGAACAAAGGCUUUCACUAAAUUAUCUGACAUGAAUAAAAAUAUGAUAAAUUAGAUUUGGUACUAUAAAUUGCAGCAAAAUACACUAUUGUCACUUAAUUAAAAUUACACAUUCUGAAUCAAAGCAGCUGUACAUGCAGUUCAUUUAGUAUUUUAUACAUAAUUUCCAAAUAUUUAUCAAUCUUUAUAAGUGUAGGGCAAUUUUUGUAAGUUCUUUUUAAUACUUAGUUAAUACUUUAUGUAUAGCUGACAACUACUGUUUUUGUAAUUCUAGCCAUCAAAACUUUCCAGAAGAAUCCUAUUUGUUUUAUAAUUUAAUGAUAUACUAAAUUGUUUGGCAGUUUUCUUUUUCAAGAAACAUGUUUUAAUAUGUAGAUGAAUUGUGAUAUGUAUUUAGUAGUUAUGUAUAUAAUAAUAGUAGUACAACAAUCUUGAUAAUAUAUUAUAAUAAAUAUGAGAUGUUAAAAUAUCUUCUUUCUUGAUCACUUGGUUCUUUAAUUUAUUAGAAAAAAUAGUGCAUCAAAAAUUACAACACUUUCCUGGAACACAUAAAUUGAGUUUCAGGGGAAAGAGUAAGAAUAAUUUGCUGAGUGGGAUUGGGAUGCAGUCCAUGGACUCAGUGGACUAAUCUACCAGCUAGUCCUCUAAGAGUUAGAGACUCAAGUCAAAUAAAACAAAAUGCCAAG